AUGAGCUGCACCAUCGAAAAAAUCCUGACAGACGCCAAAACGCUAUUGGAGAGGCUGCGGGAACAUGAUGCAGCCGCCGAGUCGCUGGAGGAUCAGUCAGCGGCCCUGCACCGGCGAGUGGCCGCUAUGCGAGAGGCGGGACGGCGCUUCCAGACCAGCGCGCUUAGUCUGUCUGUGUUUGUCCAGUUUCAAGAGGAUGCAUCCGAUAUGAAGGACAUGACCAAAUACAAACCUCACAUUCUGCUGUCCCAAGAGAACACACAGAUUAGAGACUUGCAGCAGGAAAACAGAGAGCUGUGGGUUUCCUUGGAGGAACACCAGGAUGCUUUGGAACUCAUCAGGAGCAAGUAGGGAAACAGAUGUUACAAUUAAUGGUUGCUAAAAAAAGCAGUGGAUGCUGAACCAGUCCUGAAAGCUCACCAGUCUCACUCUGCAGAAACUGAAAGUCAGAUUGACAGAAUCUGUGAAAUGGGAGAAGUGAUGAGGAAAGCGGUUCAGGUGGAUGAUGACCAGUUUUGUAAGAUUCAGGAAAAACUAGCCCAAUUAGAGCUUGAAAAUAAGGAACUUCGAGAAUUAUUGUCCAUCGGCAGUGAGUCUCUACAGAUCAGAAAGGAAAACUCAAUGGACACUGCUUCCCAAGACAUCAAAUAACUGAAUUCUGAUGGCUAAAGAUUAUCUAUCAAGGAAGGGAGUUACUAUCUUCCCAUUCAAUUAUUGUCCAUUCGGCGCCUUGCCUCAGACUUGAUUUAGUGUUGAUUAAAGGUAUCAGGUGGCGUUUUAGAAUUUCCAUUCAGUAUUGGCUGUCCACAAAACAG